AUGGAGAAGCUUGAAGAAGCCCAAGUCUACUUAGACGUUGCUCAGCCCGACGUUACUCAGCCUCCUCCACGAGAUCUUGAAAUCCAACCCGAAGUUGCUCAGCCUCCUCCAACAGAUCAGGGAAUUCAGAGAGAAGUCGCGCUCCAAAUGAUCAGUGAGAUGAAACUUCAAGUGUACGAGACUAUUUGUCACUUAAUUUGUUGA